AUGACAUCAGCCAAUGAAAAAGCUGAAGUAGAACAUCUUAUUGCUGAACUAAGUCGAAAACCUUCAAAUGCAGCCGACGAUGAAAAUAAAGGGAACGCUGGCGAUGCUAGUUCAGCAACAUCGGAUCGCAAACGAGUGCAAGUAAGACGCAGUUCUGGUACAAAUGUGACAGGUGGUCCCAGCUCCCCAGUCGAUCAAAGUGGACAUUUAUUGCAUACCAAUGCAAGAAUAACGAAGAAGUAUAAUCGAAAAUCAAGACAAGGUCGUGGUCUGGCAAAGAAGGGCGGUGGUGGAGGACAAUUCACUUGGGGUGCUCCUGGAAGUGAGCUGUUGGAGGAAGACAACGAAGAAUUUUAUGACGAAGAAUAUGAUGCAGAUAUUCAAUACAACAAAGCCAAGGUAAAAUUAAUUCAUGAUAGCGAAAAAUCGAUUUCAUCUUCAGAUGCUGGUUCAACGGAUACAACCGGACAACACUUUGCAACGCAACCAAAUAUUAAGAUAAUUUCAGAUCCAUCAGCAUCAACUGCAGGAACGGUUGAACCAUCAACAAAUGAAAACAUAUCAAAAUCACAGCAAAGUUUAGAAACAAAAUUGAAACUUCUUCAAAUUCAAGAUUUUGAUAAAGAUGUUAAACCAUUAAUUGAAGAAUAUUUUCUAAAUGGCGAUGCUAAUGAUGUUAUUCAGUCACUAAGAAAAUAUGAUUUCAAAACAAAAGGUGCAGAAUUAAUUGUUUACAUUACAACAAUGGCUCUCGAACGAUCUAAUGUUUAUAAAGAACUAAUAUCACGUUUGUUACAUGAUCUGGCUGGUGUAAUCUUUCGUCCCGAUGAUUAUAUAACAAGUCUUGAUAAGUUAUUAACAACAUUAACCGAUUUAUCACUGGAUAACCCUAAUGCAUCGUCUGACAUUGGUAAAUUUAUUGCACGUUUAAUUGCUGAUAAAUGUAUUGACAAUGCUAAUGGAAAAUAUUUCCUCAAAUAUAAAGGCAAUGUUAAAUGUGAAAAAAUGCAAUCGUCACUUGAUAAAGCAGAAACAUUGGUUACGAUGAAUGACUAUUAUUUUCUCAGCAAUAUUUGGGGUGAACAAUUAGGUGGUUUUCGACCUGUACGUGAAUUAGCCGAUAAAAUGAAUAUAAUUAUUCAUGAAUAUUAUGAUAGUGGUGAUGUUUUCGAAGCCAUACGUUGUUUAAAAGAAUUGAAUGUACCCCACUUUAACCAUGAAUUCGUCUAUGAAUUAAUUGAUUUUUGUCUAGAAAAAGAUAAUGAGCGUGCAAAAAACAUUACAAUUAAUUUAUUAGAAAAUUUAACAAAAACUGUUGUUAUUACAUAUGAUCAAUUAAAAACGGGCAUGCUGCGUAUAUUUGAAGAUAUGGAUGAUAUUGCAUUAGAUGUGCCAAAUGCUUAUCACCAAUUACAAUCAUUAUUAAAAGAUUUGGAAGGAAAAAAAAUUGUCAAUCAUGAUAUAGCAUCGCAACAAAAUAAAGGACGUAAACGUUUUAUCAGUGAAGGUGAGGGACGUGAUGGGAAUAAAAUACACAAUGACCAACAGUAA